UCUCUCUGCCUCUUCCCCAUGUCAUCUUCAUUUCCUCCUUAUAUGAGCUUGCUUUAAAAGCAAUAUUAGUGAUAGCUGACAGCAGGCGAGAGAGCACAGGAGGUGAGGGAGGACUGAAAUCUGAAUUUGGUGCAGACAUAGAAGGAUUUUAUAUUUUUCUCAGGAGGUGAGACGUCUAGAGAAGUUCAAACAUACAGUGACACUUCAGAAAAUAUUGUUACUGUUUUUUUUGUUUUUUUUUUUAAAAAUGGUGUCUAAGAGCAUAUUUUGCUGUUGGAUUUCAAAGGAGCUUCAGAGGAGUGUUUGAAAAGUACUCCCUGCUGCUGGAUGGUUGACUGAGCUGUGGAGCAACAUCUGGUGCAUUUUGAAAUCCAAGUAUCCCUUUCCUCGCCACAUCGAGCUCUUUGACCUUCAGCCCCAGCGUCCCGGGUGGAGUGUGAUGGCAGAGGGCGGCAUCGCUACCUCACCUCAGGUGUUUGUGGUGGACAGUCACUUAAACUAUGUCUCUGUGCCAAGCAAGAAGAGACCGAGGUGGGCGAGAGUAGGCCAAAGGUUUCUUCCCCUGCUGGUCGGACUGACCGUGUUUGGGCUUGUCGUGCAGGGGUUUUUAAUCUACAAUCUGUACAAAAAAACUGAGUCCUUCGCCCUCUAUGACUCUCAUCCCCGCUACCUGAACCUAUCCAGUCCCAAAACAUCUGGCCAGCUGGGUGGCGCUAUAAUGCCUCAAGUGGGAUCUAAAGAGCGACCACACCCGGAACAGAUCCAACAGAGGCCCUUUGCUCACCUGAUGGGCUCUGAUUAUCCUGCCGGGGAGAACAAUGUGGUGCAGUGGAUGCAUGAAGGUGGCGAAGCCAUCAUCCGCAACAUGAGCUACAACAAAGGCAGAUUAUUGGUUGAAAAGGAAGGUUACUACUACCUCUACUCCAAAGUGCAAUUGAACACUGGUGAGGAGUGUUCGCUUAUCCAACACAGGGUCAUGAAAGACACCAACGCCUAUGGAGAAUCUAUCGAACUUAUGAAAUCAAAAAGCUUGCGCUGCAGGACCCAAAAAUCUUCAAGUGCAAAGGCUUCAGAUGGGGAGGAUCUGUGGAACAGUUUCCUGGCUGGAAUUUUCCACCUGCAGGAGGGGGAUCAAAUUUUUGUCACACUGGAGAAUAUACAGAAGAUGCGUACAGGAAAUACAGACAAUUUCAUGGGGGCCUUCAUGAUAUCUCCUUAGAAAUAUUAUGAAGGCAGGUAUAGAAAUACAUCUACCCCACCUUAUGAUCAGAUUCUGUGCCUGUGUGUGUUAAUUUGCACCAUAUGUUGUGGUAAAUUUUAUAUAUCUAAUAUAUACAAUAUAUGUAAUCUAAUAUGUACUGUACUUGAUGAAUGUAUUUGAAUAAUUUAUGAAAAAGCAACUAACAGUUGUAGUAUCAUAAAAAGUAUCUGAUAUUCAGAUUAUAUAAUCAUACUACCUAUAAUUUGUUGCAUACUGUCGUUAUUGUUGUGUGAAUAAAUGA